AUGAACCACUCUACGCAGGUUCUUGCAAUGAACCGCUACGCAGGCCCAUUGUCACGCCUGGUUGUGGAGAUGGGCGACUCACAGGCUGUGCUCUUUUCUCCCCUCGAUCCUCCCCACCCUCCCUCCCAGUCGCGUGCGCUGGACAACGCUCAGAUAGCGCAAGCCCUUGCAAUGAACCACUCUACGCAGGCCCUUGCAAUGAACCGCUACGCAGGCCCAUUGUCACGCCUGGUUGUGGAGAUGGGCGACUCACAGGCUGUGCUCUUUUCUCCCCUCGAUCCUCCCCACCCUCCCUCCCAGUCGCGUGCGCUGGACAACGCUCAGAUAGCGCAAGCCCUUGCAAUGAACCACUCUACGCAGGCCCUUGCAAUGAACCGCUACGCAGGCCCAUUGUCACGCCUGGUUGUGGAGAUGGGCGACUCACAGGCUGUGCUCUUUUCUCCCCUCGAUCCUCCCCACCCUCCCUCCCAGUCGCGUGCGCUGGACAACGCUCAGAUAGCGCAAGCCCUUGCAAUGAACCACUCUACGCAGGCCCUUGCAAUGAACCGCUACGCAGGCCCAUUGUCACGCCUGGUUGUGGAGAUGGGCGACUCACAGGCUGUGCUCUUUUCUCCCCUCGAUCCUCCCCACCCUCCCUCCCAGUCGCGUGCGCUGGACAACGCUCAGAUAGCGCAAGCCCUUGCAAUGAACCACUCUACGCAGGCCCUUGCAAUGAACCGCUACGCAGGCCCAUUGUCACGCCUGGUUGUGGAGAUGGGCGACUCACAGGCUGUGCUCUUUUCUCCCCUCGAUCCUCCCCACCCUCCCUCCCAGUCGCGUGCGCUGGACAACGCUCAGAUAGCGCAAGCCCUUGCAAUGAACCACUCUACGCAGGCCCUUGCAAUGAACCGCUACGCAGGCCCAUUGUCACGCCUGGUUGUGGAGAUGGGCGACUCACAGGCUGUGCUCUUUUCUCCCCUCGAUCCUCCCCACCCUCCCUCCCAGUCGCGUGCGCUGGACAACGCUCAGAUAGCGCAAGCCCUUGCAAUGAACCACUCUACGCAGGCCCUUGCAAUGAACCGCUACGCAGGCCCAUUGUCACGCCUGGUUGUGGAGAUGGGCGACUCACAGGCUGUGCUCUUUUCUCCCCUCGAUCCUCCCCACCCUCCCUCCCAGUCGCGUGCGCUGGACAACGCUCAGAUAGCGCAAGCCCUUGCAAUGAACCACUCUACGCAGGCCCUUGCAAUGAACCGCUACGCAGGCCCAUUGUCACGCCUGGUUGUGGAGAUGGGCGACUCACAGGCUGUGCUCUUUUCUCCCCUCGAUCCUCCCCACCCUCCCUCCCAGUCGCGUGCGCUGGACAACGCUCAGAUAGCGCAAGCCCUUGCAAUGAACCACUCUACGCAGGCCCUUGCAAUGAACCGCUACGCAGGCCCAUUGUCACGCCUGGUUGUGGAGAUGGGCGACUCACAGGCUGUGCUCUUUUCUCCCCUCGAUCCUCCCCACCCUCCCUCCCAGUCGCGUGCGCUGGACAACGCUCAGAUAGCGCAAGCCCUUGCAAUGAACCACUCUACGCAGGCCCUUGCAAUGAACCGCUACGCAGGCCCAUUGUCACGCCUGGUUGUGGAGAUGGGCGACUCACAGGCUGUGCUCUUUUCUCCCCUCGAUCCUCCCCACCCUCCCUCCCAGUCGCGUGCGCUGGACAACGCUCAGAUAGCGCAAGCCCUUGCAAUGAACCACUCUACGCAGGCCCUUGCAAUGAACCGCUACGCAGGCCCAUUGUCACGCCUGGUUGUGGAGAUGGGCGACUCACAGGCUGUGCUCUUUUCUCCCCUCGAUCCUCCCCACCCUCCCUCCCAGUCGCGUGCGCUGGACAACGCUCAGAUAGCGCAAGCCCUUGCAAUGAACCACUCUACGCAGGCCCUUGCAAUGAACCGCUACGCAGGCCCAUUGUCACGCCUGGUUGUGGAGAUGGGCGACUCACAGGCUGUGCUCUUUUCUCCCCUCGAUCCUCCCCACCCUCCCUCCCAGUCGCGUGCGCUGGACAACGCUCAGAUAGCGCAAGCCCUUGCAAUGAACCACUCUACGCAGGCCCUUGCAAUGAACCGCUACGCAGGCCCAUUGUCACGCCUGGUUGUGGAGAUGGGCGACUCACAGGCUGUGCUCUUUUCUCCCCUCGAUCCUCCCCACCCUCCCUCCCAGUCGCGUGCGCUGGACAACGCUCAGAUAGCGCAAGCCCUUGCAAUGAACCACUCUACGCAGGCCCUUGCAAUGAACCGCUACGCAGGCCCAUUGUCACGCCUGGUUGUGGAGAUGGGCGACUCACAGGCUGUGCUCUUUUCUCCCCUCGAUCCUCCCCACCCUCCCUCCCAGUCGCGUGCGCUGGACAACGCUCAGAUAGCGCAGGCGCUCGCAAUAAACCGCUAUGCGGGGCCGCUGUCCCGCCUGGUAGUGGAGAUGGGCGACCCACAAGGGGCAGCUCUGCCGGUGUGGGAUACUGCCACACGCCGCUUGCACGUGCUCAGCCAUGAAAGCCUGCGGUUUAAGGUCCUGGGGUCCAGCUGUUUCAUGCGAGGUCUUUCCACCCUGAUAGCCAACCUGCUGCGCUCACCUCUCCUCCUGGACUCGCCAGGCCACAAGGCAUGGCUGCCAGAGUACCACGCCGGCUGCCUGCACUCCGUCUACCCCGUGCUGCUCCCCCCUGCCUUCCACGGCUUGCCCUUCGAGGAGGUCGCAGAGUUUGUGUACCGCUGCUUUCACGUGUGCCUCUUCGCUCUUGACGUGCUGGUGGAUCCGUGUGCGGCGCAUGGAGGCGUGGAGAGGGGUGGGGAUGGUGAGGGAGGUGUUGGAAGGGGUGGUGCGGCUGAUUUGGCACCAGGUGCUGCUGCUGUGGGUGCUGGUGCUGACGCUGGUGGUGGUGGUGCUGGUGCUAGUGCUGCAGGUAGCGUGAGUUUGGGAAGAGAUGUGAGUGUGAAUCUGAUGGCGGAUGAGAGUCAUUUCACGGACAGUCACCUCACCACUCCCCUGCUCUCGCGAUACCACCACCACCACGUACCCUCACCAACAUCCCCCCCUGCAGCAGGAUCCGGCACAGCAGCAGCAGCAGCAGCAGCGGCAGCAGCUGCAGUAGCAGCAGCAGCAGCAAGAGGGCAGCAAGGUUUGGCACCCCAAACGAAUCCUCCUAUAACGAGGGCAAGAGAGCCUGGCAGCAGCAGCAGCAGGCGAAAGGUAGUGCGGUUUCAGGGUGUUGAGAAGGAGGAUGGCGGAGGCACAGAGCACGGGGGAGAAGUAGACGUUAGAAUUCAGGGUUUGCUGGUUAGGGAAGGCAGGAGAGAAGUGAGGAGGGAAGAAUGGGAAAUAACAGAGGAGGGAGGCCAGGCGAGAAGUGUGGAGGAAGGGAAUGUGUCGCAAGACCCUGAAGAUGAUGUUUGGGGCGUUGGUACGACGGUGGAGGGUGGUGGUGGUGGUGGUGCUGCUGCUGCUGCUGCUGCUGUUGGUGCUGGUGGGGAGGCGGGUGUGUUUGCGCAGGAUAAGCCCUUCUUGCACCUGCUAUCCAAGGCUGGUGCAGAGGAGCAACGAGUGGGGAAGGGCGAAGGAAAGGGAGAGCGGACGAAGGAAGGCGACGAGAAACAAGAAGCGGAGAAGCAAGGGGACGAGGGAGAGGGUGGGACGGAGGAGAAGGGGGCGGAAGCGAGAGAGGAGGGGGGAGAAGAGGAGGAAGAGGAGGAAGAGGAGGAGGAAGAGGAGGAGGAAGAGGAGACAGAGAGGCCAGCAGUGGAGGUGGUAGAUCGGCAUGAGGGGGCGAUUCUAGCUCAUCUGGACUCCCACACCCUCCCUGUUGCGGACUUCUCCUUCCCCCACAUCCUCGUGUGCCUUGCUGGCAACAGCCGAAGCCAUGGUGUUGGUGGGAGUGAUAGUGACGGGGAGGAGGAGGGGGGUGGGGAGGGUAGGGAGGGAGGAGGGGGUGUGGUGGCAUGGCCGGCGAAUCUGUUCUGCCUGGUGAAGCAUCUGAGGAGCAGGGCACUGCCGCAACGACCCGUGCUUAUCAUGCAUCCCCAUCAUCCCACCCAUCGCGAGUGGGCCCAAGUGGGUAUUUUCCCCGACGUGUUCUUCAUCUGCGGCUCACCCACUCACGAUCUUGACCUCCUCCGAGCCGGCGUCCUCUCCGCCGAAAAAGUCCUCGUCGUCUCCCCCGACCAAUUGCCGGGCGCCACGUCACCCUCCCUCUCCUCCUCCUCAGGCCCCUCAGCAGACCUGGCAAGCGUGGUGGUAGCAGCACACGUGGAACAGUUACAGGGAGGGUGGGAGACAGACGGGGGAAGCGGGGAAGCAGCGGAGGAAGGGGAGAGCAAGAGGGGGGGAUUGCUGGUAGAGUUACAGAGUGAGCAAUCUUAUCAGUACUUCCAGCCGCUGUAUCUGCUGCCAGGGCGGCGGGCUGAGAGGAGAUCUUAUCUGCGGAACAGGAUGGGAGUGUACGCCUUUGCUCCUGUCUGUCAGAGCGGAAGGGCGUUUUGCAGCUCUGCUCUCUCUGCUGUCUCGUAA